UAACCUCCUCUUCAUAAAACAAUGCGCCAUGCUUCAUGCUUAAACACAUACUGAGAGGAGACUGGAGAUCAUGUAACGGGAUUACGAGACUGCAAAAAUAAUGGGUGGACAGACAGUCUGGACGACUCUGAGCUUCAAUCUUCUGCUCUACCACUGUAUGAUUUCUGUUAUGGUACCAGACAUACUUGUACAGGCAACACACCAGUUCGACAAGCUCAGAAAGUCAAAUGAAAGCACACAAGUCAAAUCUACACAGGAACACUUAGAGGAAGCUUUUGAAGAGCAGGGCUACUACUUGCAACGCCUGUUUCUUCAGUAUGGGGACAAUGGGACUUUGACCUAUGAGGGUCUGCAGGAGUUGCUUGGCAGUUUAGGUCUUGGGGAAGUCAGUGUCCUGGACAUCCGACAUGGUGGAGUGAAGCAUUCUUCUCAACCCCAAUCCCAUUCCCACUCACAUGAAGACCAUCACCAUCCUCAAAGGACCACAAACUCACCUCCACUCAAAGAAAAUCCCCACAUUAAGUCAGUGCUCGGUGGAUCUCCUGCAGAAUGGGGUCAGUCAGAUUAUUUUCCACAUCCUGGUCUAAGACACAAACUGGAAGAAAGUGUAUCAGCGCUGUCAGACCAUCCGACGGAGAAACACCUACAUGGAAAUUGUCUAAAUGUUACCCAGCUCCUGUGGAACUUCGGGUUGGGCCAAGCGUCCCAUAUCACUCCUGCCCAUUUCACCUUCCUGUGUCCUGCCCUCUUGUACCAGAUUGACAGCGGAGUGUGUCUGCAGCACACAGAGGAGCAGACCCAGGGAAGCAAAACCAGCGAGGGUUUCCUGAGAGCACUAGGAUGGGCCUCCUUGGCACUCUUUGUUAUCAGUUUGCCUUCCCUAGUUGCCCUGGGACUGGCACCCCUGCUUCAACCUUCCGUCCUUCAAAUAUUCCUCUGCCCGAUGGCUGGCAUGGCAGUGGGCACGUUAUGCGGAGAUGCCCUCCUGCACCUCCUGCCCCAUGCAAUCUUCAGUCAGCACACUGAACAUCGGGAUGCUGUUUUCAAGGGUCUGAGCGUGUUGGGAGGACUUUACUUUCUGUUUGUCUUUGAAAGCCUUCUGGGACUUAAACAGCAUUUCAAGAAUUUAAAGAAAAGGAAACAUGAUGCUGAGUCUGGAAGGGAGCUGGACGCACUGCAAUGUACCUCAUCAGCCAAUCAGGAUGAGAGUUCAGGGCAUGGCCAUUCUCAUGUGCAGACUGGAUCAGGGAAGAAGGGCAUCAGAAGCAUGGCAUGGAUGGUGGUCAUGGGAGAUGGGAUACAUAACCUCACAGAUGGACUAGCCAUUGGUGUUGCAUUUUCUCAGAGUCUGACAGGAGGACUCAGCACUACAAUCGCUGUGUUCUGCCAUGAGCUUCCUCAUGAGUUAGGGGAUUUGGCGGUGUUGUUGGCUGCAGGCUGGCCUGUACGCAGACUGGCUGUGUUUAGCCUUAUCUCUGCUCUGCUGGGUUUUGUUGGCGUUUUCACAGGAACUGCACUGGGAAACCAGUGGGCGACACACUCACCUUGGAUUCUCACCAUCACUGCUGGGGUCUUCCUUUAUGUUGCUCUUGCUGACAUGAUGCCUGAAAUGCUCCAUGGAGAUGCUGGAUCUCUGAGCCCUUUGAAGCGUUUCCUCCUGCAGAGUCUGGGGCUGCUUAUAGGGGGCGCCAUCAUGCUUUGCAUCGCCCUUUUUGAGGACCAUAUUGCUGUUAGCCUGGGAGAAGUCUAAGGAUAUGAAAACUUUCUAAAUGAAAUCCUCAGGAUGUCACUUCAGAAUUUCCAUCCAGGCAGUGGUAUUAUGUAUUUACCUCAUCCCGUAAUGAACUACCGUGUCGCUAAUGUGUGGAUAUUCUGAAGAAAGUGCACUGGAUGGAUUGCUAUAAAGAGAUACAGUGGGAGGAACUCGUAUAUAUGGAUCCUUAGGCAACUUCUUUUCAACCUAAGCUGAAUUUUAUUUAAGAAAAUCUUCUUACUGAAUGAUGACAUCUACAGAAAAUUCUAGGGCUUUUCUAUAAGAAUGGUCUGAUGAGAGUUUUUCAGGCCUGAAUGAAUUAAAUGCUGUGUCGUAAGGACUUUUUUCAUUUAUCAUAUAACUGUUUCUCUGUUUCUGUUCUUGCAACUUUAUACUAUGCUUUAAAAAAAAUUUUUUUAACCUUUAUAACAACUAUAAUGAAAUUGUUUCCAGAAAAAAAAGAGCAUUUAUGAAAUUAUAACCAUAAUGAAGUUAUGGCUAUUGGUUAUAAAUUUAGUUACAAUUCCAUAAUUUUAACCUGAAUGAUUUCUAAAAACUAUUGCAAAUUAACAUAGCAAAAACAACCUGCACUCAAAGAAGUUUGCUUGCCUCAAACUGGAACAUAAAUGCUGUUGCUUUGGCUUGAGAGUUUUUCAUCAGGCUUGGAAAGCAUGUCUGAGUCAAUAUAAAGUGCAGCUUUUGAUACCAAACAAUAUUACCUAGUCGACUUGAACUGCUCUUUGGGAUGACCGAGAUUGCUCUGGAUUGGUUCAAAUCCUAAUUUACGGAUCAUAGUAAUUUUGUUUUUUUGGAUGGUCACAGAUCAGAGGCUGGUCCUGUUAGUACUGGUGUCCCUCAGGGCUCAUUACUUAGUCCCCUUGCUUUUCAGCCUUUAUAUUUUUCCUCUUGGGCAACUGUUAAAAUCUCUCAAACUUACCUACCAUUUUUAUGCUGACGAUACGCAGAUUUACAUCAUAUAUCAUAUUGAUGAAAGGUUAAUUCAUUAAUUUGUCUUUUCUUGUCUAGACUAUUAUAAAAUCUUGUAUUAAGAAAUAUGAGCAUUCACAAGAUUCAGCAUCAAGCAUUCUUUCAGGGCCAAGGUUGUUGAUUAUAUAAGUCCUGUUUUGGAAUUGUUGCACUGGCUCCUGGUUAGAUUCCAUAUCGAUUUUAAAGUUCUCAUCAUCUGGCUCCUCAGUACUUGGCUGAGCUUUUAAUUCCCUAUACACCUAGUCACAAUUUGCGAUCUUCUCAGAGAGGUCUUUAAAUUGUUCCUAAAACAUGGCUGUGUUCUGGGGAUGAUCAGACCUUUUCAUCUUAAGCCCUUAAAUUGUGGAAUUCUCUCCCGGCUGACAUCAGGGAAGCAUAAAAAAAAAAAAAAACUACUUUAUUUUCAUCUUACUUUUAACUGAUUGUUAUUUUGUAUUUUUAUGUAUUACUUUGGAUUGUUUUGCUUGCUUGUGUUGUAAAGUGCUUUGAGAAAAUACUCUUUUAAAGGUGCUAUGCUAAAUAAUAGUUUUGUAAAUUAUUAAAACAACACAUAUAAUUGCAAGAAAGUUAGGUUUGUCAGUGACAAUUACCUUUUCCAUUUUUUUUAUUCUAGAAAUAAACUAAAGGGAAAAGAAAAACACCAAUUAAAAUAUUAGCAGGGCACGUAUCAAUCUGAACUACUGGCCAAAUUUAGUCCUAAAUUUAGUCUGUUUCAACAUGGUAAACUUUUGUAGUGUUCAGAGCUACAAAAGAGAGACACACCACAACAACUUAUAUGUAGCAAUAGCAUUUUAUUUCAACAUUACCAAUUCUAAGCCACGAUACUGAAUGACAAGAUCUACUGGCUGCAGCAGUUCAUGAACCUGACUAACAAAAACAUAUGGGAUUUUUUUUUGUCUUUAAAGUCAGAGACCAAUUCAUUUUUAAUAAGCUUAAAUUAAAAAUGAUUAUGUUCUUUCUUACUUAAAUACAUGUACAGAGUUUAACAUCUGUUAGUAACAAGUCACCAUUCACAAGCUCAUAGUAUGAAUUAACAAGGCAAAGUGCUUUCAGGAUUGCAUUGUCACAUAAGGAAAUGAAUGGCUUGAGGUCUUUUUAUGGGGUUGAAAGGGUGAGGGUUCGCCUUCCUCAGGUCAAGGAGGGGGUCACGUGACCGUCCUGACAGAUUCAGGCAGAAUCCACCGAAUUCGCCCCGCUCCCCCAGGUCCAAAAUGGAUAUGUACAGAGGUACAAAGUUGGCAGGGUGGCAUAUAGCUAAUGCGGAUUAGUCAGUGACCGGAGUAGUGUUUUUGGAAGGGCGUAAGGCUAGGGAACUCUACAUACCCCAUAUUUUAGUACAGAAUGAAUGUGCAUAACUCAAACCAACCAACCCCCUUUCAAACCCCCAACACCAGUAGAAAAUUGAGUUGUUGCUUCAGUACCAAAGUCAUACAACCAUCCACGCAUUCUACUGAACUCGACCAUAUACACGUACAUACCAUGAAGAGCUGUAAACUUGAGUUCAGAGCGCUCACAGUGAACAUUUAGAAGUGAGAGAAAGUUAAAGAGACAAAAAAACGGAAGGAAAAAUGAGCACUAAUGUAAAUGCCAGCUAGUAUAGGCUGAUAUUUUUCCCUGUUUUGUCAAAAUAAAGCAAAGAAGGAGCGGCAGAGGCAAGACACAUAUGACAUCAUUUGAAAUAUAAUCGGGAAAAAGCUGGAUUCAAAGAAAAAAAAUCAUAAUACAGUCUGGCUUCACAUUCCAGUGGUACUCUGUUGUGUAUACACUUAUGUGUAUCACACAAAUAUCAUGUUACACAUAGACAGACACACAGUCAAGUACGCUAACUGUCAUCUUAUAUCACCUAUUGUUGGUUAUAAGUUAUAUAUCUGUUCAUAUACAUAUAGAUUUCCAUUUGUCAUCAACAAUUGGUGGAGUUUUCAAUGCAUCAAGCUGUAACACAGAGGUAGGAUAAUGCUACUUAAAAAUGCCUCACGUUUCGCUAAUUCUAAACCAUUGUAUCGGCGAUGGGUCAGGCUUGAAGCAGAGCGGCAGGUGUUUUACGCAAGCAAGUGGUGAUCUUAUUGGUUGAUACGGAAUCAGUGUGAUGUCAUAGACCCUGCAAUGGUCCCAGGCUUCUGCUGGUGAUGGUAUCUCCUACACGUUCAACUUAAAGACAGGAUAAGAAUAUUUGCAGAUAUGUCGAUGAGGUAUACAGGGUUGAUAUGACCCCUGUUUGUCGCACUCACACACACACACACACACAACACAUACACACUGGGUGCUGCCCUACACGAUUGCCUGCUAUGUUUCCAUUGUCGAAACAGUUAGCGGAGAACGGCUUGGAUUUCAAUACUCAAGUAUAUAAUGCAGUUUUGUGUUUUGAUUUUUUUUUUAAGUCAGGGUCAGAUUUUCUUCAUGUCGUAAUGCUUUUCAAAAACUUGGCAUGUUCAAGCAGUGCUUGGAAGCAUUGACAGUAACCCUUUUUUAGCAGGAAUCCAUCUCGACAGAUUGAUUCUGCAUUUCGGCAAUGGAAACACAGCCACAGUGUAGUACUUUAGAUUUUUUUUUUUUUUCAUAACAGCAAUCUUUUGGAAAGUCUUAAAGACGGCGGGUCCUAGUGAAACUGGAUUCAAACACGGGAUGCAGGAGAUCCGCUCGAUUAAAGCCAGUCGCUUCAAAAUGGCCAAAUCCUGCAAGCAUCCAAUUCACAUUCAGUUUGAGUGAAAUAAGGCUCUCUCAGCACUGAAAUCUCUUAUGUUGGAUUCAGUUACAAGAAGAGGGUGUUAACCUAAGGUGCCACAGAUUACAUGGCCAGGCCAAAAGCAGCCAGAGCCAACAAAUCUUUAGAAAUAUACAAUUGUCUCUUGAUACUUGUAUUGCUUGUUCUUGAAUGAAAUCAAGUGGCCAUCUCUACAGAGACAUACAUUGGUCCUAUGUUGUGUGAAAUACUAGAUUACUUUAUUCAGUGUGCUCCCUGUGAUAUGAAAUACGAAAGCAUUGAUUGUUUGAAGCCAAAAUGAAGGACCUUGUUGGUCAUUCGGGUUUUCUGAAGAUAAUUAUUUGACUUCUGGUAUUGGUUGUCAACAGUACUUCUGUUUUAUACAAUGAAAUUCAAAAAGGAAUGUUUUUUUUUAUGACACAGGAUUAUUUUUUUAAAACUUCCGAAGACAUUUAAUGACAAAUAUUGGGAUCUUGAUGUCAGACAAAAAAAAAAAAAAAAAAAAAGAUCCGAAGAUAAGCAACGAAACGUUCUUUGGUACCGCAAAACAUAUGGCCCAAAGUUCAAAUGUUGUGUGGGGAGAAAUAAAACCCUGCAUACUUCACUGCUGACAACAACGACAUUCAAGGUACCAUUUCCAAAUAGAACCUUCAAAUCUCUAAUCCAAAAAAAGAACUGUAAUUCUAGGCAAUGCGCUUUGAUUUUGGUAUCAAAUCAAUUGAUUAGUGGUAAAUGAACAAGUCUAAACACCCACCAACACACACACACAAAUGCUUAACAUGCCACGAAAGCAGACACUGACUUUAAGUGGCACUGGAGAAGGUACAUGGAAAACUGCACUCUUUGACCUAUCAACCAAUGAGCAAACAGAAAUGCCAUCUUUCCAGUAAGCAAGAAGUAUUGAUAAGGCUUUGACACCCAUCACAGUUUCCACCAAGUCCAUUGUACAUUCCACAAGAAAGUGCCACUUAUGGAGGCAAAGCAGGAAGGAGUUCAAAUUUGUACAUUCCAAAAAAAUAAAUAAGUGAAAUAAAAUACCCUGCUUAAAAAAAUAAAAAUAAAAUUGAUGUAAGAGGGCAUUUUCCUCCAUUAAGGAUACUAUGGCGCACAAAAAAAGUUAUUGCACUUCAGUCCAUUUCAGGUGGAUACUUUGACGUCGAUACAACAUAGAGAAAAGGAGUCAUGCCAACAUUCUACAAUACACUGGGUUACAAUAAAUCUCCAAUGCAUUACCACACAAAACGACACAGCACAUCUACUUCACUAGAGUUCACACAUUGUUAAACUAAACACGAUUUUUCCAUACAGAGUUUGAACAGGUCACUAGCUAGAACCGAUCAAAUGUUUUGCCGUUAUGGUUUCAUUCAGUUUACAAAAGUUAAUUAUUCAUCUGCGGUGUCGUGACAAAUUUUAUCGCAAGUUUUGAUGGCUCAAAACGCAACCACGUGGAUGGUGGCUAUUUUUUUUUUUCAUUGUUGUUCAUUCAUAAGGCUCACUAAAGGUGUUAAUGGAAGACCAUACCCUGUGGCAUGUACUUGAUAACAAAAGGCACAAUCCCACAUACUCAUCACAAAGUGUAGUACUUUAAAGAGAUGAUGAUGCUUACAGACUCCAAAGAAAUAGCAGCAUGCCACGCAAAGCAGUCAUUUUCUCAACUGAAGCCAACAAGCAUUUAAGCUCAGUGUUAGAUUUACAGAUGAACGUCUGAAGAUCUGUGAUCGGUCAAUGAACUAUGCAACUCUGCGAGAUAAAAGGAAGUAUUCCUGCAUAGCUACUUUUUUUUUUAAAUAUGAAAAUGUUUUUUAAAGGGAUCCCUACGUGCCUUGUCAGAUCAGCCAUUCAGUCAGGCUCCGCUGGUCUUCUAACUAGCCUUAUGAAAACUUGCUGCUGGCGAGAACAACAAUAAGCAGCUAUUCGAGAUUAGAUCAUUCGCUUGCAGUUUUACAAUUUGAACUAUUAGCGCUUACGGAGUAGAAACAUGAAGUAACACUAAGCCAGGGUGAAGGACAUCAUCAAGUUCAAGAGCACCCCUUGAGAACGCCAAUGUUUUCCAAUUCAAGGCCUCGGAACGUGAACCUUAGGAUUCCAGUUGAACGGAGCAUGCGUAGCUAAAAGCCCACCCAAAUUUCAUGUACCAGUAUAUAUUUAUAGCAUGAUAGAUUUUAAGGACAGCUAGUUUAUGAGGUAAGAUUGCCACGUCAAGGCAAUUCUGACCACACUUCUUGAGGAAUUAUGUACAGCACAUCUUCUUGUGCUCUUGUUAUUUACCUUGUUAGAAAUAUUUGCAUUUAUAACAGCACACAAGUAUUCACUACCUAAAUGUUUCAACUAAGACAGAAAAAUGGGGAGAAAAUGUAUCUACUCGUUCUUGUAUAAACUAAUUUAGCAUUGGAUAAUACAUUCUAAGAUGUAUUCCCAGAUCGUUUACCAUUCAAUACCAGUGUUCCCAUACUGAUUUUUUUCUGCAAAUUGGUGUUUUUAUAAAUCAGUACUUUAAAUGCUUCAUCUAGUAGAACCUAAACCCAACAUUAGCAGAUUUUUGCUUAAUGAGUAAAGUUGGUCAAACAUUAUCUGUUCCAGAUAAAUUUUACAGCUAAAGAUUUGAAACAUGUAUAAAAAAAAAAAAAUCCCUCUGUUCUAGUGCAAAAACUUCUAAUAAAUUCCAUGAAAAUUAUUAUUUUUAGGCCAGAAGCCAUUAUGGUACAUCUUUCAGCAAAACAACCUAUAGAACAGUGUGCUUCUUAUGAAUCUCAUCGAAACGAGAUCCCAGGUUAACGACAAAAUCUCUCAAGUCCUGCGACUGCUGAACUAUAACGUUUCCUCUUAAGGCAAAAAGUUGGGAGAUAGACGUAGGUUAAAUGAAACAGGUGUUUUGAGUAUUGCCUUAAAUGGAUGUGUCUUCAAGUAGUAGGGACGUUGAGGUCCACUGAGGUAAAACAGACAUUCUAUCAGCCAUUAAUACCUUUGCAAGAAAAAAAAAGAUACUGAUACAAAAAUGCGAGGAUGGACAUACAAUAAGGACACUGAGUUAGCUACAAUAAAUUUGCUUUUCAACAGUAUGGUUACAAUUAUUAGACUACUCUAGUCUCCAGCUGCCUGCAUGUAAUUGCAACCAUUAUAAAUUAAUCAACAGGAAAUGAAAGCUGGCCCUUCAUAGCAAAGUUAUGUAAAAAAAAAAACAA